CCAACGAUAAGCAACAUGCCUGGCGAGCUGGAUUUCAACGGGAUGCUGGAGGAGGAACUCAGGGAACGCGUUUCUGCCAACAUCGCGCUUGGAAUGGAUCCUGUGGCUGCGAUGCAAAAAGUCCAAGCGGAUAUGCUGGCCAACAACCCUUGGGUGCCGCCAAAGAACGGGUGUCCUGUCAAUGACCUCCCUCCAGAGCUGCUUGCUCAUAUUUUUAUGCUUGGCUGUACCAUGCAAGAAGAAGAGGGCGAAAAUGAAGACGAUGACGACGACGACGAUGUCCUUGAUUUAGCUGAGCAUUGGGAGACAGACGACGAUGAAGAGGCUGAUGAAGACGUGGAAAUGGGCAGCCCUGAGAAGAAAUCGACUACGUUACCCGUCAAUGAACCCGACGAAUCUGACUCGGAGGACGAACACGAUGGGUUAGAAGAAGAGGAUGAGGAGCCAUUUGUGCCUUUCCAAGUCCUCGUUUCUCACGUCUGUCGCCAUUGGAGGUCGAUAGCACUCAACACUCAUACCCUCUGGACCAAACUACACUUUGACGGUCACGUCACCAUCGAUGCUGCGGAAACUUGGAUAAAACGCGCAAAUGGGCUUCCUCUUGACAUCACCAUCGACAGUACUCAUGGACAUCCAAAAGAACCAGGGCCUAACCAGCCCCCCCUACCACAUGCGACGUACGUUGUCAAUGGAGAGGAGCAAACGUCGAUGGUCCAGGUCAUAUUAGACCAAAUAUCGGGAACGCUGACAACAGCGGCCGCUCCUGUUAACGACCAAGAAGAAGGAGGGGCGUUACCUGAAGAGGAAUACGAUCCUUGCAUUUCCUUCGACGACCUAACCGAGAUUCUCGAUCUGAUUAUCCCAUACGCCUCGGACUGGCGUCUGUUCGAAGUCAGCGUCAAUGACUACAAGCAGAUGUACGCUGUUCUUGAAAGAAUAUCAGCUUGCUCUGCUGCGCCUGUUCUUGAAGAGUUUGGUCUCUACAGCUACGACGAGAGCGGCGAUCCCGAGGAGACAGAUCAUUUCAGUCCGCCCGAGCUUGCGAAGGCGUUUCUGCCUUUUAACGGGGUCGCGCCGAAACUCAAAAAGCUCGCUCUAUGGGCAGUCCAUCUCGAUUGGGAAGCAUCACUCUCAUUUGUGCGCAAUAUCAGUGAACUCGAGCUGGCAUACCACGUCCGUGACGUUCGGCCCUCCUUCGCAACCUUCCAAGCCAUAGUCCAAAACUCCCCUCAACUUGAGUUCCUCUCCCUUUGCUUCUCCGGACCCGGUGGCGACUUGGAGAAGCUUGAAAUUCCCUCCCUGCGCAAUUUGGUUUUAUGUUACCUCGAAUCAGAUUAUGUCAAGCCCCUCAUGCAGUCACUCGUUCUCCCCGAACUCCAAGAGCUCACCUUAGACCUUGCAGAGGAAGACUACACCGAAUUUGUGGCCCAGCUUGCUGGCCCCGCGCCUCAGUCGACGAGGUCGUUGCUUGCUGGUCUAUCGCUACUCAAGAUCAGCUGUCUCGAUUGUAACGACAAGGCCGUUGAUUUGCUCAUGGCGCAACUCGACAGCCUCAAACGGAUGGAUCUGAAUUGUGCUGGGGAGGAAGAGCGGUUUUUCCAUCGCUUGUUCAAAGCACAGCCCAAUGCAAAGUCGCCGUUAUACUGCCCGAAGUUGGAAGGAGUCAGAGUGGCGGGCAAGGAGGGCUCGGACUUGAAGAAACUCGUGAUUGCGAGGAAAGCUAUGGGAGUUCCGCUCAAGCAAGUCCUCAUCUGCCGCCGUGACUAUGUGAGUCCAAGAGACGACAAGUGGCUGAGGGAGAAUGUGGAGACCUUGGAGUAUUUUGAGGCAUCAGAGAGCGAAGAUGAGCUGGUGGACAUUGAGGGAGCAGACGACGACGACGAAGGAAUGGAUCAAGAUUAG